AGGUUGGAAUGUGGAGGCCCAUUAUUACAAGAGACUAGUUUUAAGCAGAACGAGCGUUGACUACGCACUUGUAAUGGAACCAAACGGUGGAGUGAUCCAGGCGACGGCGGCGCGCAGCGAGGGCGCGGCACGGCCGUGACUCAUGUCACUCACCGUCGUACCGAAAGCGGUCGGCACGACUUGCGAACGCCCUACUUACCGUAUAUGGCUGUUAUUUUAAACGAACCAGGUGGCAGAUCGGCGAGUGCGCCGCCAGCCACAGUGCAUCGUCGUCUCUCGCAAAAUGUUCAUGUUCGAGCCGCCGACAAAGCUGAAGCUCACCUCGGUGGAAGAGUUCCAGGAGGCGUUCCAGCUGUUCGACUCGCGCGGCGAUGGCAAGAUCCAUGUGGCGCAAAUCGGCGACGCGCUACGCGCCCUCGGCCAGAACCCUACUGAGUCAGAUGUCAAGAAGUGCACCUUGCACUUGAAGCCCGAUGAGAGGAUAUCCUUUGAAGUGUUCCUGCCCAUCUACCAAGCUAUAUCGAAGGCGCGUAGUGGAGACACCGCCAACGACUUUAUUGAAGGUCUCCGCCACUUCGACAAGGACGGUAAUGGGUUCAUAUCGUCAGCGGAACUGCGUCACCUGCUCUCCACUCUUGGCGAGAAGCUCAGCGACGACGAGGUGGAACAGUUGCUGCAGGGGCAGGAGGACUCGCAGGGUAACAUCAACUACGAGAACUUCGUGCACCUCAUCAUGCAAGGCUGAAGCGCUGCCUCGCCUCCCUCUCCCGCUAAUAAUAUUCCAUUCGCUGUAUUGUAUCGAAGCACAUCUUAUAUUGUUAAAUUGUACUUACUGAGUGGUCUCACGUGAUGUAGUCGUGCGCACGCGACGUCGCACCGGCGCUCGUCUUCGCCUCGCCCGCGUUUCCACUUUGUCUGACGAGUGUUCGUAUUCAAUAAACACUGAUAAUAAUGUAAAUGCGUUUACAUAACUGGCCUUUUGUAAUGUCACGAUUACAAUCCAUAACAAGAAUAAGAAAGCAAGCUCUUACACACCACAGAUGUCCAAUCUGUACCUAGCGCACGGCGCGAGGAAGGGAGUUGCGGCGAGGGUCGCCAGUAGGUUUAAGGUAGCCAUAUAGUAUAGCAAUAUUAUGAUUCCAAUGUUAUAGUAUUAAUGUAUCCAAAAUAAUAAUUAUAAACUAGGGGUAUAUUGUAUAACGCCCUCUAUUGUUUGUCGUACAAUAAACGUGUGUCACAUGUUUGCCUUUAUUCUGUUA